UCGCGAUCUCUGCGCCUGUUCUCUAGUAGCCACGUCGUGUGUCUCGAUCGAGAGGCAUAUCGGAUCUGGCAUCAACGAAAGAUACAGGAAGAUCCCGAAUGGCACGAACGUCGACGCGCGAGUCGUUGCCAGUAUUUAAGGGAUAGAAGAGCUGGAGAUCCCGAAUAUAUUGAAUACAAGAAGCGUUGGCAACGGGAGAGAUCUGCCAAGGCAGAGGUAAAGGCCCAUUUGCGACUGUUGAAUUUUUUGUACAGGUCGUGUACCAAGAAAGCUUGGUUCCGCGAAUUGCCAUGGAAGACUCACGCUCCCAAUUUUUAUGCUCAAGGCGUCAGGUUUCAUUGCGCUAUCUGCGGUCUUAUAAGGAAGGGCGCGAGCCGGCUGCUCUGGUCAGCUCACGACAAUGAACCCCAUCUCUGCAAUGGUUGUUAUGCAAGGAGAGGUUGGACCGAUGCCAUGCCUACAGGCUACGAGGACUGUAGGUCGGCGCGGGAUGUUGCUGCAAGGAAGCAACAGCUCGAUGGCAUUGAUCCCUCAAAGCUACCCUGA